AUGGAGUUCCCCAUCGACAGCCUGUUUCAUCAAGCGAUGAAGAUGACUCUCCUGAUGGGAUUAUUGGCGGUGAAUACCAGAGCCAUCGAGACGGUGAACAUGGUGGACUUCUGCGGUCAGACUAUCAAGGGGGACGGCAUGGUGGUGAACUCGCAUAAGGACUAUAAGAAGUACUACUUUGUGACCAUGGGCACCGACUGCCACCUCACCAUGCAGGCCGCCUCCCCCCGGGACAGGAUCCAGUUCCACUUCGGCUUCUUCCUGGUGUACAGUUUGUGGCCCCUCAGUCCCGCCCCGCCCUCCCCCCGGGGGUCUGCCCCCCUAGACAGCCCCCGCCCAGACCCCGGGCCUGGCCAGGGGCCCGAGGACCCCUGCCACGCUGGCUCCUACCUCCAGUUCUACGACGACAGGGAGAGGAGCUCCCCGCCAGUGGGCCCCCCGCUGUGUGGGAAGAGCCCCCCACGGCCGGUGCUCUCCACGGGGAACUACCUGACGCUGAGGCUGGUGACCCGGGGGACCCAGCCCCGCGUGGACUUCGUGGGGGACUUCACCUCCUUCAGGCUGGGUCCGAAAAAGUCGGGUCGGCUUAUAUUCGGGCCGUACUUUACCUGUCGCAAUGGCAAGUGUAUUCCUCUGAGUCUGGUGUGUGAUGACAAAGGAAUCGACAACUGUGGGGAUGGAAGCGACCUGGAAGAGAACCUGACUUCUGGAUGCAAAGGUCAGCCAGCUAUCUGUAAAGGGCAGUGGAGUGAUGAUAUUAUGCUAACAUGAAUCAUUCUCCAAAACACCACACAACAUAAUAGUUCCAAUAUAAACGGAAUAUUGGAGCAUAAUUUAAGAUAACUUUUUCUUCCACGUAAACUUAAACAGAAUCUUCUGAAUUUCCUUUUCCUAGGUCAGUUGGUAGCUCACACAUCGCCGCCCACCAUUGCAACUGGAGCGUCUGUCCUGACAGCGCCGGCCUCCACGGGUAUGAACUGUGGCGCGCCGGACAGUGCGCACA